ACGUCGUAACGACUAAAAUAAGUUUUAAAUUAAAUAAAUCUCUCAAUCACUCUCUAACCUUCGAUUCUCCGUCCUUUUCUCUGCUCUUCAGUUUUCUCUUCCUAACAAGCAAAACCCCCAAAACAGAUCGAAUCCAUUUUUUUCCUUAAAGAAACUUAAAAAGAAAAUUCCUUUUUUUUUUUUUUUUUUUAAUUUGGGUUUCUUUCACCUAACCAAAUUGAUUCUCUUACCUUUUAUCACAUUGCUGCAUCUGGGUUUUCAAUAGAAACAACAACAAACAAAAAAAAGACUCUUCUUUUUGUUUUGGAGACGGAUUCAAAAAAAUGGCGACGAACAUUGGGAUGAUGGAUAGUGCUUACUUUGUUGGAAGGAACGAGAUUCUCAGUUGGAUCAAUGACCGCCUUCAUCUCAAUCUCUCUCGUAUCGAAGAGGCUGCAUCUGGUGCUGUGCAAUGUCAAAUGUUGGACAUGACCUUUCCAGGAGUUGUGCCAAUGCACAAGGUUAACUUUGAAGCAAAGAACGAGUAUGAAAUGAUACAAAACUACAAGGUUAUGCAAGAAGUCUUCACCAAAUUGAAAAUUACAAAGCCAUUGGAAGUCAACAGGCUUGUCAAAGGCCGACCACUAGACAAUUUGGAGUUUCUACAAUGGCUGAAACGAUUUUGUGAUUCCAUAAAUGGUGGCAUUAUGAACGAGAAUUAUAAUCCAGUAGAACGAAGAUCAAGAGGUGGCAGAGAGAAAAGCGUAAAGGGAUCUAGUAAGAUCUCAAAGUCAUUGCAAACAAACAAUAUGCAUCAUCCUCCAGUCACUACUUCCAACAAACCAGCUGGUCCCAAGCAAGCAAAAUCACAUGCAAUUGGAGGUGGGAGCAAUACAUCAGCCGAAGUGCAAGCUCUGUCAAAAGAGGUAGCAGAUCUCAAGGUCUCGGUUGAUCUCUUGGAAAAAGAAAGAGAUUUUUACUUCUCUAAGCUCCGGGAUAUAGAGAUACUAUGUCAGACUCCUGAACUUGAUGAUCUUCCGAUAGUGGUAGCGGUUAAGAAGGUAUUAUACGCAACCGAUGCAGAUGAAUCUGUGCUAGAAGAAGCUCAAGAGUGCCUAAACCAGUCUCUAGGGCUUGAGGUUGAUGAAGAAGAAGGAAAAGAAGAGGAAGAAGAAGAAGAAGAAGAAGCAGCAGCAGAGACCCAAACUUAAAGUUGUGACAAAUAAAAGUAGAGGACAACGAUGGUUCAUUGCCUUGUAUUAGAAGAUAGAUCACUUGGAGAGGGUGUUUGCACAAUAUUCAAUUUACCCUAACCGGUUUUUUGGUUUUAAAGUAAACUGAACCGAAUUUGCUCCUUCCUAAAUUUGAAAGAUUAUAUGAUGGGUUUUCACUGUAUCACAACGAUUCUAUUAAA